CAGAGCGUCGGCCCGCGCUUUGCCUCGGCGGUGGCGGCGGCCUGAGGGGACGGGCGGGCGGGAACGCGGUGCCCCUCAGCGAGGUGGGCGCUUCCCCGUGUCCGGGGCCCGCCGGCCGGAGGAUGGCGACGCAGUGUGCCCAGGAGAGCAUCUAUAACCUCCUGCCCCGCCUGGAGGAGAAGCCUGUCAAACCUCCCAGGUAUAUAUCCACAUUUAGACCAUCUGUGAAACGUGAAGCAGAGCAAAAUAAAGCUCAGUGGAAAACUAUGGGACCAGCAAAAGUUGCAGAGCCAUGUCCAAAAAAUUUCCUGCAGAAACAUUCAAAGGAAUCCAAGCUACCAGCAAGAAAAAAAGAAAAGGAUAGUAAGAAAUUGCCUGCCCUAUCAGUGCCACGAAGGACAGAUCACCCAGUUAUGGGAAUUCAGAGUAAAAAGAAUUUUAUAAAUGCAAAUGCAGUUGCAGCUAUCACGGGAUUGCCUAAAAAGCCUCAACCUGUUUAUGUUGAUAGAAGACAGGGAGAUAAAUAUCUGCUUGAAACUUCAGGACUUGUUCCAAAAUAUAUUAAAAAAAAGGAUUAUGGUGUUACACCAAAAUAUGUAAUCAGGAAAAAUGAAGAAGCAAAGAGAGCUGAGAAAGAAUACGAGGCUAGUAUCUUGGAGCAUCUCAAGAAAAGAGCCAUGAAACAGCUAUCUGAUGAAGAAAGGAGAAGUCUUCUUCAGGGGCUGAAAAAUAACUGGGAGGAAGUGUAUCGUGAAUUUCAGGGUCUUUCAGUAGAAAUAGACACCAUACCCAAGAAGAUACAUAAAGAAAAGCUGGAAUUACAGAUGAAACAACUGGAGCAUGACAUAGAAGUAAUUGAGAAGCACAAAGUUAUCUACAUUGCAAAUGAGUAAGGACUGUUUUUCAGAUCUUGCGUCUUUCCUCCUUUUCUUUUUCUCUAUCCCUACAUCUCCAAGAAGCACUCCUCCAAAUUCUCAGAAGAAACUGAUGCUGCCAACUAUUCAGAAGGAAAUAUUCAACUAACAUAAGUAUGUAGCUUCUUAGAAAAGUUGUUACAUAUAGGUCUCAUCUGUAUAAUUCACAACACAUUUUGAAAUAAACUUCUUAAUUAAACUUUGAGUAGAAAAAUAUGAAUAUAAUCUAUUAUUCUUUGUAAUUUUUGUUAACUUUAAGAUUUCUAUAAACAUCAUACAAAAAGCAUUUGAAAAUACUGUUUCAUAUGUUUGGAGCACUUCUUUCCUUGAAUAGCCAAAACAAAGUGAAAUAAUUGGCUGCUGAAGAUGGCUUGGUAAAUAUAACUUCAAGGUGGGAAGGCUUCUGGACAAGUUAUUAACGAGCUGUUGUGCUUUACUUAAAAACUUGAAUGAUUGUAUUUCUAAACAGCUUGACUUCUGCAUAACAUUUUGUGGACUCAUUUUUUGUUACCAAAACCGAUUUUUAUAGUAGAAGUGCAUAAUAAUACAGACUUCACGCAAUCCAGAUACCACAUCUAGCUUGCGCUGUGUGUUUAUGUAUAAAUAAUUCUGUAAUACUAUAGUAAAUCCACAACUAAAGUAGAAAAA